AAGUUCUUGUAGUUACAGCAAGUUGACUCCCCACUCGAAACACAGCAGGCAGUCUGUAGGCGGCAAUGGACUGACGUGGAAGCUUCUAGAACAUUUCGGAGAUAUUGAACACCAACCUGAACGGAAAUGAACACAUCGCAGAACUCGACGUCCCAGCCGCACGUCUUGCGAUGGCCCCUGAUCUACCCCCAGCCUCAGAUACUCGACUUCAACUGCCACCAGGUCAAUAUCCUCCAGUCCGGGAUGCCGCAGCUCAUUUUUAAAAAUCUAGGAGUCUACCUCAAAGAUGUGGCGAAGAAAAGCACCUCCGUUCUGAAAACAUUGGAACCCAGCCCGGCUGAGACCGAGCAGGCGGCGUCAACACUCGAGGAACAGGCGAGGAGCCCUUGCGGAGAAUGUCCGGAAAGUGAGGCGGUGCCGGUUCCAGAGCUGUGCCAGAGUGUGCGCAGCACAGGGAAUACCGCGCGGUUAUGUAAACCGGGGUUGAGUAAAUUUCUCGCCAUGCCGAACUGGGAAAGAAAAGAGCACAUCCGGUCACUCAUGAUUUUUAAAAUGCUCUUGACGGUUCUGUGCCAACUCUUAUUUAGCGUUUCGCUUACCGCUAUCUUCAGAUUUGGUUUGGAAGAGUGGAUGCACAUGUUUGACGGAAAUGCUUCCCCUUUAAGAUGGUCACCCCUGCUUAUGUACGGGACUGCUGCUAUAGCCAUGGGUUACUUCCCUUUGGAGAUACUUCGCAAACAUUGGGUCGACGCUGCUCUCUUUAUUCUAGUG